ACUUAAAAAUAAAAUUUUAAAAGAAAAUUUUAAUAACAAUUAAAAAAGACAAUUUUAUAAAUAGCAAUGAAUAUAUUUUCAUUUUUCAUAAAUAAUGUUUGAUAAAAUUGAUUCGACAAGUAUCGCGAACGAUUCUUUUGCAAUUUGUAAACAAUGAAUGAAUAGGAACGAAACGAGGCAUUUGAAUCGGUUGAAUGUGUAGAAGACACGACCGAGUUUUGUCUCUGACGAGAUGAUCGCAACAGCAGCCAGCGUGGUGAAUGCUUGCCAGACACAGACAGGAGUGGCAACAGUGGAUAUAGAGGCAGUAAGGAAUGGUCAAUGGCCCGAAACACGUCAAUUAAAGUGUUACAUGUAUUGUUUAUGGGAACAAUUCGGAUUGGUGGAUGACAAGAGAGAACUCAGUUUGAACGGCAUGCUCACAUUUUUCCAAAGAAUACCAGCAUACAGGGCUGAAGUUCAAAAAGCGAUCAGCGAGUGCAAGGGGAUCGGUAAAUAUUUGGCAAAGGGCGACAAUUGCGAAUACGCGUACAGAUUUAACAAAUGUUACGCGGAAUUGUCUCCACGGACGUAUUAUCUAUUUUAAUCGAGUUUCAUCUGAGCCAAAAAAAAAAACAAGAUCAAAGGAAAAUGAUGACUGUAGGACGAAUCGAAACUCGGGUAGAAUCUUGAUUCGUUUUAUCAUAAAACGGAAUCAUACACCGUUUGAAUGUAGACGACGACUCUCUGUACGGGAAAGAAGUUAAUAAAAAAAAGAAAAAGAAAAAAAAAGGAAAAAAAAAAAAAUUCGAGACAUCUAUGUUAUUUGUCUUACUGUUUCCUAUAUCAACAUUUUGAGAUAUGUAUCCUUUGUGUUUUUAUUCAUUUUAAAGAUAUUUCGAAAAUGUUGAUAUUACAAAACUGGAGUAACCGUUUAAACUAUCCAGUUGAUCGCAAUUUCCGAUGCUUGGUCGGUCCAAUUGUCAAUUGAGGUCAUGAUUAAGCGUGCACGAUAGAAAGGAAUGAUUUAAGAACGAGAUAAAUUUCGUUUGAAUAAUAUACAUUGUAGUAAUACAACAUAACAAUAGCAAUUUUUUUAAAUUAAAAACCAACAAAUUUUACAAUAUUCAUGUAACAACGUGAUUGAUUAAAUAACGCUCUCUCUUUUAUAUAUAAAAAAUGAACAGUUCGACUAUCCAUAUUUAAUUGUUACGUAUGUAUCGGAUAGAAGGAAACACGUUUUAAUUAACGUCGUUUCCAAGAUGUUCAAAUACAUAAGCUCUGCAUAUUAAUUAAACGUUUUGCAUUACAUUGUAUUUCAUUCUCAGGCUUCGAUAAUUACCUCUUUGUUAUAAAUUAAUAGCUCGUAUUAACGCUAAAUUUUGUACUUUUGUCAGAGUUUAAGUUUUUCUUUGGCUGUUGUACCGUAUUAUUAGAUAAAUGUUCUUGAUAAAGAAGAAACGUUUGCAUAUUCAUUAGACGAGCAAGAUUUGAUUCGUGUUUUUGAAUUGAUACGUACAACAAUUUGAAAAUUAUGGCGACCAAUUAUCACUUCCCGUUUGGGCAAAAAGUGAACACCUAUAAAUGCUACGAAUUCGUUACCAGGAAAACAGUUCACUAGAGUAUUUUUGUACAUAAAGAAUCAUUUUUUUUAUUUAUCUAUCAACUGCAACGUUGAGAAAAUGAGAGCAGCAGAAAUUCGGCUGGUAUCAUUGUAUUAUCUGAUAUUGCAAAUCGUUCUCGUUUACGGAGUCAUCGUAAGUAUUAAAGCAUAUAUUUUAUAAUCUUUUUUCAAAAUAACCGAAAUUUUUUAACAAUUAAGAGCGAUAUCGAUGAAUUCAGAGAAAUGACAUCUAAAUACAGGAAAAAAUGUAUCAGCGAGACUAAAACGACAGUUGGUAAGCUACAAGAUAUAAUCGGUGAAAUUUUUUAAUUUGAUUGUUUAAACAAUCUAACAAUGAUAUAAUUUUCCAGAGGUUGUCGAAGCUACGGAAUACGGAGAAUUUCCUGAAGAUGAGAAAUUGAAAUGUUACUUCAAUUGCGUACUUGAAAAGUUUAAUGUGGUAAGAUUCGUUGCUUAUAUUAUUAUAUUAUUAUAUUAUGUAUAUAUAUAUAUACAUAUAUAUAUGUUUUGUAUAGUACAGAUGGAUAAGAAAAAUGGAAAGAUAAAAUAUAAUUUACUGAAAAAAGUAAUUCCAGAAGCAUUUAAAGAAAUAGGUAAAGAGAUGAUUGAUACUUGCAGCACUAUCGGUAAGUAUUCCAAAGAAUCGUGAAUUUUUUUUGCUAUUUUUAAUGCUCUUCCAAACGUAUAAAUUUAUUAUUUUGAUAAUUUAUUUGAAUUUUGAAUCUAAUUGAAUUUUUCUUUUUUUUAUUAUUAUUUUUAGAUUCAAACGACAAAUGCGAAAAAUCUUUUAUGUUUAUGAAGUGUAUGUUCGAAGUCAAUCCCAUAGCAUUUAUUGCUCCGUGAUCACCAGAAAUACAAAUUGUGGAUCAUUACUGUUAUAAGAUAAAUUUAUGUUGGAUCCAUAUUUCAUAAAAAUAUAAUUGUUUAUGAAAAUGCGAAAUAUAUGUUAGAAACAUA